GCACACACGUAAAACGGAGUUUUUUCUUUGUUGGGUCUGUGUCAGUAUAUAUACGAUCUUGAUGAGACGCGACUGAUCCAGCCCACCCAAGCGAGGAAGCAAGGAAAGGAAAUUGAAAAUAUGCAGGGCACUUACAGAUUUUUCUUUUCAUUGGUUUUGGUGGGUUUGAUCAGUACUAGAGGGGCCACGGCGGCGCAGCAUGUUGUCGGCGGGAGCCAAGGCUGGGAUGAAUCCACAGACUUCGCCUCCUGGGCUUCCGGCCAGACAUUCAGAGUCGGCGAUCAACUUGUUUUCAAGUACACGCCGGGGCUGCACAGUGUGGUGGAACUGGGGAGCGAAAGCGCGUACAAGAACUGCGAUGUUAGCAGCGCGCUAAAUUCCUUGAACGGCGGCAACGAUGCGGUGAAGCUAAACAAGGCCGGCGACCGGUACUUCGCUUGCGGAACCGCCGGCCAUUGUGGCAGCGGCAUGAAGUUGAAGAUCACCACAGUAGCCGCCAACGCGCCCUCUACUCCGGCAUCGUCGUCGUCGCCGUCGUCUUCUGGAUCCUCCUCGACGUCGCCAACUUCGGCUGGUCAGGAAUCUCGCUCUCUCGGGUCUCUGCUGGUUUUGAUGGCCGCUUCGCUCGUCAUCUCGCUGGUUCUAGUUUUUUGAACUAUAUUGCCAUGGCCGUGGGAUUGUACUAGUUUCUACAUGCAUUUCAUUAUUUUGUUUCGUUAUUUAAGGGCUUGAUUGCAGACAGGCUUGGAGGGUGGGGAUGCAUAUAUAUAUAUAUAUAUAUAUAGUGGCACGAGAGACAUAAUUAAUAUGAUAAUAAAGAUAGUUCUUUUGCUUUUCA